GUGAAGGGGCGGGCCUUCACGGUCAUCUUUACAAAAUGGCGACUGUUGUUGUUUUGCCGCAGGGUCAGUGAAUAAAUCCGUUUUUCAUCUCAAUAAUUUCCCGCACCGAUUUGAAGAAGCGGAGCUAGAAAAAGGCCAAAUCUCCCAGGGCUCGACUGCGAGUGGGCUGAAAUGAAAGGUAAAGAGCGGUCGCCGAUUAAAAAACGCUCCCGGGCCUUGGACGACAUUAGAGACAGGGGAGGAUGCCACCCGACCAGCAAGAAAAUGGGGGCUCUCUCCGUUUCCAGUGGGAGUAAUAAUGGGAAUAGUUCGACCAAAGGCGACGGCGGCUCGACGAGAAGGAGUCUGCUCGGCGAGAAGAGGGACAGGGACUUCGACAGUCACGGCCGGACUGGGAAUAAUCACAGCUGUCCGUCGGCUGCUGCUAGCUCCGUGGGUAAAAACCACAGCUUGAGCCUGACGCUGGAUUUAGCCUCGCCGAGGACCGCAUCACGGGGGGAGCAGCGGGUCCAGCCGCCCGCCGCCGAGAGUGAGUACAAAACACUAAAAAUCAGCGACCUCGGCACCCAGCUGAGCGACGAAGACGUAGAGGACGGACUCUUUCACGAGUUUAAGAAAUUCGGGGACGUGAGCGUCAAAAUAAGCCGCAGCAACGACGAGCGGAUCGCCUUCGUGAAUUUCAGGAAGCCGGAGGACGCGAGAGCCGCUAAGCACGCGAGGGGGCGGCUCGUGCUGUACGACCGGCCGCUGAAGAUAGAGGCGGUCUACAUCAACCGGAGGAGAAGCCGCUCCCCCGUGGAGAGGGACUUGUACGGUGCAGCUCAGAGCCACAGACACUUGCAGAGACCGCUGUCGCCCACCGGGCUCGGAUACAGAGACUACCGGCUGCAGCAGCUGGCCUUGGGGCGACUCCCUCCUCCACCGCCGCCCCCCUUGCCCAGGGAGCUGGAGCGGGACAGGGAGUUUGCCCUGUUUGAAGCCAGGGCGCGUCCAGCUUUCAUUGCGGAGCGUGCAGCUUUUCGCGAAGAGGAUUUGAUAUCUCCAGAGGACGACCAAAGAGCCAACAGGACGUUGUUUUUAGGCAACCUGGACAUAACUGUGACGGAGGCGGACCUGAGGAGGGCUUUUGACAGAUUUGGGGUCAUUACGGAGGUGGACAUUAAGAGACCCACGCGGGGGCAAACCAGCACAUAUGGAUUUCUGAAAUUUGAGAACCUUGACAUGGCCCAUCACGCUAAGCUCAGUAUGUCUGGCAAAAUAGUGGGACGCAACCCCAUAAAGAUCGGCUACGGGAAAGCAACACCCACCACGCGGUUGUGGGUGGGAGGACUCGGACCCUGGGUUCCUUUAGCUGCUCUGGCACGAGAGUUUGAUCGCUUUGGCACUAUAAGGACCAUUGACUACAGAAAGGGGGACACUUGGGCCUACAUUCAGUAUGAAAGCUUGGAUGCCGCACAGGCAGCAUGCACACACAUGAGGGGCUUUCCACUUGGAGGCCCAGAGAGGAGACUACGAGUGGACUUUGCAGACACUGAGCAUCGUUACCAGCAGCAGUUCCUACAGCCGCUCCCGAUACCGCCCUUUGACAUGGUGGCUGAGUCUUUUGUCCACCGUGCCACUCCUGAGCCUCUGAGGGUCAGAGAACGGACUCCACCGCCCCUUCACUUCAGGGAGAGAGAUCUCUUCCCUGGAACCGAGUGGCCCAACCCAGCUAUUCGUGAGCGGGUACGCGCCUCACCCUUCGAGCCCCUGGAACAUUUGGAACGUGACAGACGGACUCGGGAGCCGUGGUCUUUGGAACGAGAGCUGCAGGGGCGAGAACCCGCAACGCGCAAGCGGCGCGUGGUGGAGGACGGGCGCCACCUUGAUCACUCCCCCGACAGCACUGAAAGGACAUUAAGGCGCAGACGUGCUUCUCCAGACGGGAGUCCUGGGGGCAGCAGCAGAGACGGCGGGCGCUUCAGCGACUCGGAGCGGCCCGUGCGGGGCGAGAGAGUCUCCCCGGCCCGAGAACGUCACAGCAGCUUGGAAAGAGUAGGGGUUGAACGGAGGCUCAAAAACCAAACUCUCUCUGACAAGGGACCCCCAAGUAGCACUAUUUCAGCAGUCGGAGAGCGCAAGCGCAAGGCGGGCGAUGGUGGUAAAGGAGCAACCAAGAGAGAACGUUCUGAGAGUAAUUCCAAGGGAGGCCAGCCGUCCAAGCCGGAUGGCACAAAGCUCAGUUUAGCUUGGCAAGGCAUGCUGCUGCUAAAGAACAGCAAUUUCCCAGCAAACAUGCACCUGCUGGAAGGCGACCACAACGUAGCCAGCGACCUACUUAUUGACAACGCAACAGGGAGGCAGGUGAACGAGCUCAAGAUCACGCAGCGUCUCCGCCUGGACCAGCCCAAGCUCGACGAGGUGUCCCGGCGCAUCAAGGUGGCGGGUCCCGGCGGCUACGCCAUCCUGCUGGCGGUCCCCGGAGCCACGGAGGACGCGUCGUCGUCGGAUCCCGCAGCCUCAACCCAGCGGCCGCUUCGCAACCUGGUGUCCUACCUCAACCAAAAACAAGCAGCUGGAGUCAUCAGCCUGCCCGUCGGAGGGAGCAGGGAUAAAGACAACACAGGGGUUCUUCACGCUUUCCCUCCUUGUGAUUUCUCCCAGCAGUUCCUGGAUUCCUCUGCCAAAGCUCUGGCAAAAAGUGAAGAGGACUACUUGGUCAUGAUUGUCGUUCGUGGAGCAUCUUAAGAAAAAAAAAUCACAAUACACUAAGUUCAAAUGGUGUAAAAAAAAAAAAAAAAAAACCUGCUGUAUGUCAGUAACUAUUGCAUGCUGUGUGUUCUGCAUCAUGGGGUACACUAGUAUGGUUCUUGAGUCUUUGUAUGUUGCCAUGUAAUCCACUAAAAGGACAAACAGUGCCCUACUACAAAACUAAAAGGGUGUGUGUUUUUUAAAAGUUACAUCUGAAAAGGGUGUUUGAAUUGCUCACAAAGUCAUAAACCUGCAGCCGUUCAGCCAGAAUUCUGUAAAAUGGUUAAACACAGGGAGCAUUUUGAGGAGUACAGUUUAAGCCGGUUCAGUUCUUUAUGUGAACAGACGAGUCAUGUUGCGUUUCAGGUUUUAAAUGUUUCACUACAAGAGACGAGAAGUUAGAAAUUCAAAAAGGAGCGCAGACCCAAUAACACCUCAAAUUACUACCACAUCUUCCAAGCAGUGUUAACAAAAACAGAAAGCAUAAGCUUAACAAGGUCACGUAUGUUUCUGGGCUUUAGUGCUUUACUUCCUUACUCUGUACAGGUGGUGUUAUUGUGUCCGACUCCUGCUAAGGUGUUUUUGUCACAAGAGGAAUCAAAAGACUUGUUUUUAUUUUCAAAGCUUUGAGUUACUGUGCAAUAGUAUGUCGACUGUUAUCACUUUCAGUGGAUCGAGACAAAGAUGAGGGAGUCAAUUUUGAGUUGAAGCUAUCCAGCAAAGGUUUACACUUUUGGUUGACAACAAUUUUUGAAGGUCAGCUCUCUCCAGUGCACCACUCUCCCUAGGACGAGCACUGUCCCAUCUCAAAUACAGUUUCAAUCCUGACUAAGUAGCUUCAAAACUGACAGUACACUUAUGUACAUAUAUAUAUGUAGAGGGAGAGAGUGGUACACUGAAGCAGACCUGCGCCAUGUGUUCUCAUAUUGUUGAAGCUCAUCCCGGUCAGAACGCGUCUAGAUGCGACUCAUACAUGACAGUCGUGUGUUAGGAGGUCAGAAAACUGACAAAUUAUGUCCAGGAGCCAUGUUUUUUUUUUUUUUUUGGAUUUGAGUGUGUUUAUGUUUUUUUUUUUUUUUUAAUGACUGAUUGUGUUCCUCAGAAAUGGAACGACAAAUUGCAAGAUAGACAAUGAACUCAGUUGAGUGUGUGUCCACUGGUUUUGAGGAAAAAAAAAAAAAAGAAGAGGGAGAGAGACUAAAUUGUCAUGUCAACUCUGUGUGGAAUGCUAAAUACUAAUAGAUGUGAAUUUUAUUUUUUGCCCAGGGAACAGCCCGUCAUAACACAAUAUGCAUAGCAUAGUAAAACAAAAAUACUAACACCCUUUUUUUUUUUUUUCAUAUUUUUUACUUAAUAUUUUAUUUUUGUGCAUCCCUAUCUUAGACAUGGUUGUGCAAUGUAGAUUAUAAAAAAAACCUACAGUAGUAAUGUACGAAGAGCUUAGAGGAUUUUGUGUUAACUGCAAGUCUGCUUCAUUUACUUACCUGAAGCCAGUAGAUCCUCCAGUAAUAAUAGGAAAAAUCGGUAAAAAUGCUGGUACAAAGCAACAACCCUGCUGUUUGUUCAGUAAGUAGGCCUGUGCAAGUUUCUGGUUAAUUUAAAUGAUCGAGGUCUAAAUUUGACAGUAUUUCGCUUGCCAGCGUGUUCCCCAGGCCUACUUACCCUCUUUUGUUCUGCCAUGAUAUGUUUGUCAUAUGUAUUGGAAACAUUCACAUGUGGGGGAAACUGUCGUGCGUGUGAACGUCACACGCCCGCUGCGACUCUGGACUGCUGAGGAGCGCGGAGCUGACGGCCUCCGCGGAGAAGGUCCACCCUAGUGUUUGUGAGUCCUCGCUGAUGAGGCAGCUUUUAAGUUGUGUAGCCCAUCUGCACCUGUGAUGACUUCUGUUUUAAAUGGGAAAAAUUGAGCAAUGUACACUUUGAUGUCAUGGGAAAGGAAAAUCCGUAGAGCCCAUGCGAAGCUGUUCACGUACCUGCAAGUGCGUUUGGGCGCUCAAUGUGACCGAUUAUCAAUAAAUUGUUCAUUUGAAGGGAAA